AUGCAUCAACCACCACAGUAUGAGCCGAACCGCCUGGAGGUGUUGGCGGAGGAGCUGUCGGCUCGGGAGCAGUACAAGCACUAUUCGAUGCAGGGUGUCACCGAAGUCAAACCCCAACAAGGCUUUCCAUCAGAAGAGACGGAGGACAAGAGGAGACGGACGAAGGCUGACUAUCGCCCAAUUUCCAUGCGAUGGCCUUUUGUAUCGUGCCUCCUUCUACUGAUCCUCGCCGCCAUGGGCUUGGUUGCCUGGACACAGCGAUCAUUGAAGGGGACUGACAGCACGGCAACGAUUGAGCAACGGCAAGUCUUGAACGAGAGAGGCUUCGUGAAUUCGAAUGUGGCCGACGAAAUACUUCAUAUCAGGCAAGAUGCCGUGCCGAGUCCCGUGCCGACUGAAGCAGCGCCAAUUCCUGAAGCAACGCCAGAGGCCGUCCCGGAGCCAGCACCCGAGCCUACGGAAACGGUUGCCAGUGGAAAUGACGACGAUAACGGCGAUGCUGCCGCUAGACUGCGUACGACGACAGAGGAGACAUCGUCAGAGUUCACGACCACAGUCACAAUACCCGGCUCCAGCAUCUUGGAGACUGAGACCGUUCAAGUAACCAUUGAUUCAGCGAUCACCACCGACAUCACCACGACUGUCAUCGACACGGAGACGGUAGUCACGAGUAUUGUUACAUCACAAGUGGUGCCGACCACCGACUUUUCGACGCUGUCCGAUGGCUCUGUAUCCACGAUUGUCAACGAAAACACAAUAGAAGCGACGAUUCAGGCGACUGCAACAAACACAGUAUCUCGCACCACUGUUAUUCUUGCGACCAUCCCCGCCGGCCAAACGGCCACCGAAAUAGUCCGGACGAGGACUGGCCGGCCCCAGAUCUAUGUUUCGACAGGCACAACGACGCUCACCAACAUCUACACGGUUCGUGCUGAUGGCAGAACCCUCUCCAAGGGAGAAGGCGGCACGCCUGUGACCAAACUUGUUACGAGCGAAGUAGCCGGCAAGGUCGUCACAGAGACAGACCUCGGCGUACCAACGACUAUUGUGACGCCUGAUGCCAAUGGCCAGCCUAUCACGAUUGUGUCAACCCCAAGCCCAAGCACCCGCGUAACGACUCUGCCGCCGACUCGUACCGUUCUGACGUCUGUCUCGACGCCGACCUCAUCGACAGAUCGUAUCGUCAUCGAGACGACGACCCUGUCAUUCAGCGCCGUCAGCUACUUCCUCGGCAAGUUCCUGCCGCCUAUCCUCGCCAUUCUCCUCGGCAUCCCUAUUCGUGCUCUCGACUGCGCCGCCAAGCUCUAUCACCCGUUUGAGGCCCUGUCACAAUCGCGUGGCGUGUCCGGUCCGGCAUCCCUCAACCUGCACUUUGAGGGCUGGGGCGGCUUUUUCUUGCCCUUUAAGCUCAUGGGCAAGUCCUAUCCGGCGACCGGCCUCACGACUCUGCUGGUCUGCAUCUCCGCUUUCCUGACCCCUGUCGCCACCGAAGCCAUCGGCAUGAAGAUCCACGGCCAAUGCAGCGCCAACGCAAUUGACGGUUGCGGCCUCAAGCUUGGCAUCAACACCGUCGCCAGCGGCGUCCUCAUCACCAUGCUGGCCGUGCUGGCGCUUCUCGUCCUCGUGCUCCUCGGCGUUCUCGCCCGCUGGCGCUCCGGCGUCUUUGCCGAUCCCUGGUGCGUCGCCGGCAUGGCGGCCCUCGCCCGCAACCCGGACGUGCGCUCGUCCAACGAAGACGUCAAGUCGGUCGUCGCCGAGAAGCACUACGCCAUGGGCUGGUACCGCGACGCCGACGGCCGCGACGAGUACGGCCUCGUGCUCGUCGACGAGGCCGGCAGGAGCCUGCAGGGCCAGCCCGGCGCCGGCGCCUGGGACGGCCAGCCGAUCGAGGCGGAGACGCUGCAUCCGGCCGCCAGGCGGCAGAAGCCGCCCAACCACUUCAUCGCGUUGACGUGGUGGUGGCGCCUCCUGUUCGUCGUUGUGCUCUGCGGCAUCGCGGCGCUCGUGCUGUACUAUCACAUCACCAAGAAGCUGCCGCGCGAUCUGCAGCGCUUCGUCGACAGCCAGCGGUUUGGCGGGCGUUUCGUCUUCUCGGGCCUCGGCGUCGUCGUCAUCUUUGCCUCCGAGUGUCUGUUCUGCAGCGUCGCCGUCAUUGCCCCGUAUCGACUCAUGGCCAAGCGAGCCCAGCCCGCGCGCCGCUCGAUCCUCGUGACGCUUCCGACCAACUCGUUCUCUGGCAUCGCGACGGGUAUCCGCACGGGCGACCCUGUGCUGUUCGUCGUGGCGCUCAUGGCCGUCUUGUCCGAGUUCCUGCCGAUUCUGCUGGCCAACGUGCCUUACAACCUGACGCAGACAAAGCUGACGCACGACAUUUGCGCGAGAACAAGCGCCGGACUUGUCGUCCUCAUGGCCGCCGUCGUGGUCGGCAGCCUGUUCAUCCGCUGGCCUGACAUGCCUGUCGAUCCCCGGAGUGUUGGUGGCGCCAUGUGGUAUGUUUCCGAGUCGAGGUGGGUGUCAGGCCUCGGCGGUGUGGCGGCCAUGGACAAGAAGGAGAGGAGGAAGAGGAUCAAAGAGCUUGGUGGGCGGUGGUUCUACGGCAGCGUGUUCGGAAUGAGGGGCGAGCAGCUCGGUGUCGAGGUCGAGGAUGGGUAUAGGUCCGGCUAUGGCGCAGGCCAGACGGCGGAGUACCGCGGGCCUUAUUGA